UUCUCAAAGACAAGAACACUCUCUGCUUUUAAUGGCCACAGAUCAAGAAAAUCUACUCUCUGAUGAUUACGAGAAAACGGCGCCGUUUUGCGGGUGUGGGUAUCUCCGUAGGUUCCAGGUGUUCCGGUGGCGAAGAGUAGGAGGAGGAGACGGUGGCUGGAGCGGUGACUUGCAGGAAGAAAGAAGCGAAAGCUGGUGGAGCAGGAAACUUAAGGUGCUAAAGGAGAUUUCUGAGAAAAUUGCGGGACCAAAGUGGAAAAACUUUAUAAGAAGUUUUAGCAAGAAGAAGAAGGUGAAGAGGGAUGUGGAUUUCACGUACGAUCUUGAAAACUACAGUCUUAAUUUUGAUGAGGGAGGUGAUAAUCCUUCACCGGAGAGGUAUGUAGCUCCGGUUGUUAUUAAAGUUUGAUACUUUUUUGGUAUUUAUCUCUCCUUUUGUAACUAUUUUUAUUGAUUGUGUUGUUAUAUGUUAAUACAAAUAUACAUAAGGGUUAACUAUAA